ACCAUUCCAAAAUCCUUCAGACGAAGUUACUCAAGAGGAUCAAGCAGUAGAAUGACAAAUCAUUUUAUAGUAGAUGGAAGUCCUAGUAAUAUUUUGAUGGGAUACAUGCUUCUGACAAGUAUUCCGGAAAAAAACAUUACUCUAUUGCAACUUAAUGAAGUAGCAAACAAUAUUUUAGAGACUGUUUCGAAUCUCAGAAGCCUAUUCAAUGAAAAAUCAGAAAAUAGUGGAUUAGUAACACCAGUCAUCUUUGACAAGGGAAAUACGAGUGAAAUACUUCAAAUGAUUCCACCAAAUUACAGAAACUCAGUUGAACCAGGAUAUCUUCAAUUUCGAGCCUACAAUUCUACAGGAUAUCCGAACGCAUUGUGUCCAGGGAUAAAAAUGAUUUCAUACUACUCACAACAGCUUUGCAUUGGUGGGGUCUCCGAAGAUGUUAGUCAAUAUGGAACCUGUGGUGACUUUGCAGGUUGGGCGGGAAAAAAGACUGAUGUCAUCUAUUCAGACGUUGCAAUUGGGAAUGCACACUCUCAAAAAGACAUCUCUUCUGCAAUACUGAUUUUCUAUCGUUGAUUCAUAUUACCACAGAUCAAGAUUCUAGCCUAUACAAUUCAGUCACGCUGGCCAUGGCAGUUCCUUGUCCUGUAAUAAUUUCGGGGACAUACAAUACUACACCUAUAUAAGUACUAUAUAUGUACAUAUACCGUAUAUUAAAUUCAAAUCGUUACGAUCAACACCUAUUUCAUGGCAUCUUUAAAACGAUAAUGCUCGAGUGACAAGUUUGUUGGAAGUUUUUUGGAAUUUACUCGUCGUUUUACAGACAUUAUUUCUUUUUGAGCAUGUAUUUGUCUUAAUAUUCUUAACCUAUUUAUACUGGUAAACAGUUGCAAUUUACACGUGAUUGUGAAAAUAUCCAUUACUUACUUUGCUGAUGUAACAUUCUCUAUUGAAUUGCAUUCAUCCUUUAUUUUUUCAUCUUUGUUCGUCGUCAUCUCAAUGUUUGAAUUGACUGUUUAAUAAUUAAUAUGCACAAACAAUCCCUAGAAGAAAAUCAAUAUUUUAUAUGCAAUUUCAAUUUUAUUUGCUUUUGACUACUCGAGGGUUUACGAACAAUCCAUACACAAGAAGUUGUAAUAUUAUGACCAUUAAAUAAUGUAUUAAUGGGAAUAAUAAAAU